CCAGCGAAUUAAAAGUGAAAAAAAAGGCAUAAAUGUUUAGUUUACUACAAUUUUUUUCGUUGAAUCAUUAUGUUGCCACUGGAUUACCUUUUUCUAUUCUUUGCCUAACAAAAAAACUACUUGUUAAGCAAAACGACGCAGUUUAAACUUACUCAACAUUGUUUACUAGCGCAUAACAUCAUCCAUUACAAUUAUAAGAUGGACCGAGUUCGUGAAUUAUACUCCGAUUAAGCAAUACCGAACCACGACUUUUGAACAAGAGCAUCUUAUAAUAUCUUACAAUAUUAAUACAUAUCUGUUCCUCUUGUAUGAAUUAGUAUAAAUAUUGUACUUAAUAUGGCACGUUAUCAGUUCAUAUUAGUCCAACUGUGUGGUAGCUUCUCUAUAGAAAAAAAAAAAAAAUAAAUAAAAAAUAAAAAUAAAAUGAAAUCGUUAAUCCUUCUCACUGUAUGUGCUUGGGCCAGUGCUGCCAAACUGGACAAUACUUAUCUGCCUCCAUCUAACGCUCAGUCAUCAGGAGGGUCUGGAAACUUCUUGCAAGCACCAACAUCAGGGUCCUCACAAUUCCAGGGCCGUGCUCCUUUCGGUAACGGAAACGGUGUUAACGGAAACAACUAUGCAAGAAAUAACGAAUUUGCUCCAAAUGGAAAUGCCUAUUCCCAGAACGGAAAUGGUUUUACCCAGAAUGGUAAUUCUGGUCAAUACGAUAACGGUUUUGGUGAUUUUGAGAACCGACCGGAACGUCCUCAAGCUGCAUUCGAGAGAAACGCUGCUAUUCUUCGUCAAGAUAAUUCUAACGAUGGAGAAACAUAUUCCUACGCCUAUGAAACGGAGAAUGGAAUUUAUGCUGAAGAAAGUGGUGUAGCUACAAACGGCGUAGAGGCUCAGGGUGGAUUCUCUUAUACUGGUGACGAUGGACAAGUUUACAGCAUUAGAUACACUGCCGAUCAAAAUGGAUUCGUCCCUCAAGGAGAUCAUCUUCCCACUCCUCCUCCAAUCCCUGAGGAGAUCUUGAGAGCCUUGGAGCAGAAUGAGCGUGAUGAGGCCGCUGGUAUUUUUGAUGACGGAUCUUACAACGAAGCGAAAUACGGCAGCGGUGACCAAUACAACGGAAACUAUAACGGAAACAGUUUUAACGGAAACGCUUACAACAACCAAAACAACUAUGACCAAGGCGAUGAUGACAGCGUAGUCACAACAUCUGCUUUGUUCCGCAACAGCCCAAGAAACCAAAACUCGAGAAACUUUGGUGCUAACUCUCCCAACAGUGGUAUUGGUGGUUCAAACGGUGUCAACAACGCUUAUUUGCCGCCUGUGGCAAAUAACGGAAACGGGCGUAACGGAAACGGUUUCGGUAGCAGGAAUCGUCAGCCCACUUACAAUGAACGAGACGGCUAUAGAUUUUAA